AUGACUCAAAAGCUUGCAUUGAUCCUGGUAUUUAGUCUGGUACUGCUCCUCCAUGCAACACAUUCACAGGCCCGACCAACACCGGCUGGUGAACAUGGCGAGAGCCAUUUUGUUCUGUACCACGAUGAGCACGCAAUGGCCCCACUUCAGCACGCCCCAGAUCAGGGCUCAUUUCUACAGUGGAACGACCCUCUCGAGGUGGAUACUCUCAAUAACCAGUGGCAAAUGUCACUCUGGAACGACCUGCCCGAAUUCGAGCCCCACAAUGACCAGUGGCAACACUCACACUGGAACCACUCUCCCGAGCCUGAGCCUUACAGCCUUUUCCCUGAACUAGACAAAGUCUUCGAUGUACGUCAGCAGGGUGCUGCUCAACAUCAUGACGAAGUACAAGGCACUGUACCUCGCAGUGAUGCUGUCUUUUCGUCCCAUCCUCAACCAGCUUAUGCUUCCAACGCGCCAAUCGCUUCUCCGCAUCAUGAGGAGCAAAGCAGGCAGAUUAUACCUUCCUACAUGCCCGGACAUGGCCUUCGCGAGACUUCAGACGCUGCUUCGCAACCCUCUAGUAGGCGUAAGCUGAGUCGGAAGCCGAAGGCUAUCUUCCUCACAGAUCACGAGCGCAAGCUGUUUCGGAAGCAGAGGCCUAUCUACCUCACUGAUCAAGAGCGCGUCUCGCUUACGCCAGAUGAGUUGUAUCUCAUUGAUCACAGCGACAGUCUCGAUGAGGAGAUGCGCAGCUCCAUAGCAGCCGUUGUAGCAAAAGUAAAACUAGCCCGGAAAGGGCAUCGGAAUCAGCAGGUCACCAAUGGCCCACGGCCCAGAAAUAUAUCUGACGUGGUGAACGACUUCAGGGAGAAGGCCGUGAAACAGGGUAAGAUCCUUACAGUGGACAUCGGCGAGGAGCGGUUUUUCUUUACCCCGAUCCCGACACAUGGUUCAAUACCGAUCGAGGUGGCCGAAAAGAAGAGGAGUGAAGUGGUUGGUUUAAAAACGAAGUACGAGACUGUCCCGGAAAGAAAACUGUGCUCGUUCACGCUGGCAUCCUCGAAGGGCGCUCGAUUUCAAGGAAUGCUAUCACAGGCGAAAUUUAAAGCUGGCGUGGAUUUCUAUGCGGCGAGCGUCAACAGAAUCUGGUGUGGUCGUGACGACUUCUCAUUGGUCACAUCUCUUAGAACGAUCCUUUUCUCCAAGUCCACCGGCAUUAUCUGCCAGGAAGCAACCCAGCGUGCGCUUAUCGCACCUAUGGAGGUGCGAUCCAGUCAACAAUCCAGCUCCAACACAACGAAUGUUCGCGUCUGCAAAGGUAUUCCCCACACCAACCUCAAAGUACGAAUGGAAAGUACGAAGAAGGAGCUAGCAGCAACGCCUGUGUCGGCGGGAUUAAAAGAGACCAAGUCAUGA